AUGAAAUCCAACGAGUCAGAGUCGGAACUUUGUGUUGCCUAUCAUCAUCACAAUGAGAUCAGUCAUCAUCCAAAACCGUUUACAAGGACGGAUAAUGCUAUGGCCAUUCAUUCCCAUCAACAACAACCACAAACUCAUUUCCAUCACUUUCGGAAGAAGUAUUUACUCUCCACUCUCACGAGUUCAUUAAAAUCAAUGACAUCAUCACUAUUCAUAAUUAAUUCAACAACAAUACCACCAUUCCUAACAACAAUUUUAAUUGUAUUCCUUGUCAUUAGUUUUCAAUCCUAUUUUGUUCAUCCUGCCAACUGUCAAUAUUACAACACAUCCUUUGCUGCCUUGAUUGAAAAGAAAGAGAAGGCAGUUUUAGAAAUUUGUGAAAAAGCAAAGAGUUUUCACAUAACUUGGCCUACCAUGAGAGACCAAUAUUCAAGUUGUGUGUUUUACGAUGCUUGUGAUGCGAGUUUGAGUCAAAAAAUUCCAAAUUUUGAUUGUAAUUAUAAUUUUGGUUACGAUCAAGAAUGUGGAUGUUCGGGAGAAAAAUUAUCUUUAAAUGAUGCAGUGGUCAAAUACGCUCCUGAUCUCAUUCCAGGAUCGAAUGAUUUAAUUCGAGAAUUUGAAUGUAUGAGUAAUUCUCUGAGAGAUGUUUUUCGACAAAAUCUUUUCAAAGAUCCAACUGUGAAAUGGCAAUAUUUAGCUUCCACUGCAGGUGCCAUGCAAUUAUUUCCAGGAGUUCAAUGGAGACAUCAAUAUCAACCUGACCCAUCUGUCAGCUGUCGAGAAGAAGUUCCAGCUGGAAAACCAUGUCCAUCGUUUGAUCCAAGAAUUCGACCUUGGUAUAUCACUGCCGCUGCUGGAUCAAAAUCGAUCAUUAUCAUUCUAGAUGUCUCUUCUUCAAUGGGAAGCAACAGUAGAAUUGAAAUUGCAAUCAGCGCUGCACUCUCUGUCAUUGACGGAUUGUCACGAAAAGAUCGACUGGCGCUCAUUUUCUUUAGUGACAAUGCCUUUACUUGUGCCUUUUCAGGAGAUCAACUCUUAUUUGUGAAUAAUGAAAAUUAUGAGAAAUUUAAAAAGUGUAUUAUGAAUAUCACUCCAUUUGGUCAGACCAACUUUGAAAAUGCAUUCAAUUUGGCUUUUAAAUUAUUUGAAAAUGACCAAACUCAAAACAAGACAUGCAACAAUGUCAUUUUGUUUUUGACUGAUGGAAAAAUCACAAGUGGAAUUUUACCAGAUAGUAUCAUUAAGGAAAAGAAUGAAAAAUUUGGAGUAAAACUCUUCACCUUUAGUUUGGGAAACGAAGCCGAUGAAGAAACUCCACGUCGAAUUGCAUGUGACAAUGGUGGAUUGUGGAAAAAAAUUGCAGAUGGAAAUAUCAAGGACCUUCGAACUCAAAUGUCAAGCUAUUACGAUUAUUUGAGUUAUCGUGACAACAAAAUUGAUGGAGUUUCAUGGUCAGAAAUUUACACAGAUACCACUGGAUUGGGUGACGUUUCCACCGCUUCUCUUGCUUGCUUUGCCAGUAAUGGUCGAUUGUUAGGUGUGGCUGGUGUCGAUGUUCCAUUGAGUACUCUUUCAGAAUUUCCAAAUCCAAGAGCAUUGUUGAAUGAAAUUGCUGAAAAGAGAGACAAUUGUCCUCCGAAAAUUAUUCCACAAGAAUUUAUUGACGAACUUCGUGGAGGAGUUUCAUGUAAUUACUGUAGUUGUCCAAGAGAUGUUGCCAUUUAUGUGAGUGUGACGGUUGUGGUCAUUGUACUUUGUGUGGGAGUAAUUGGAGUUAUUAUUUUGAGUAUUAUUUAUUCGAAAUUCAUCAAAAAGAAGAGAUGGACUCGUCUCCAGCAAGCGUUGGCCACUUCUUAUCAAAUGAAUAAUAUUCCACUUAAUUCUCUCAAUAAUCCAAGUGGUGGUAGUCAUAGUGGAUUUUUGGAUCAUCAUGAUGCAACGAAUUAUGGACUUUCAGAGAGAUUAUUGAUUGAUCGUGACGAGGUGUACACUUCACUGUAG